AUGCUAAGAGCUUGUGUUUUGGAUUUCCAUGGAACUUGGGAAGAUCAUCUUGCUUUGGCAGAAUUUGCUUAUAACAACAGUUUUCAAUCCAGCAUCGGAAUGGCACCAUACAAAGCACUCUAUGGUAGACCAUGUAGAUCACCUUUCUGUUGGGCGGAAGAAAGUGAAACUGUGUUAUUAGGACCUAAUUUGGUACAAGAAACAACAGAGAAGAUCAAAACUAUCAGACAACGCUUGCUUACAGCUCAGUGUCGGCAAAAGAGUUAUGCUGAUAGAAGAACAAGGCCAUUGAAGUUUAAUAUUGGGGAUCAUGUAUUCCUUAAAGUUUCACCUCGAAAGGGAGUUAAAAGAUUUGGAAAGUCUGGAAAAUUAGCCCCACGAUUCAUUGGACCUUUUGAAGUACUACAACGGAUUGGGGAAGUAUCUUACAAGUUAGCACUACCACCUCAAUUUUCGAAUGUUCAUAAUGUAUUUCAUGUCUCUAUGCUUUGA